UUCCGGGGUGACAACGUGGCUUCCGGCGGCGUGCCCUGAGCGCGCUGAGCCCGCAGGUGCGGCGACCGGAAGGGUCUGUGCUUGCAGCGGAAACCGUUAGGCCUUUUAGAAACAUUUCCAUCAUGUCUGACACUCAAGAAGCUGCCGGAGAGCACUUGGAUAUGAACCUUCAUGAGAACAAGAAGCCGGUGCCCUUGAUAGAAAGUGGCAUCAGAAGUGAGUCUGACCAUCUCCAAGUCACCAUUGGAGCCACUGUACCUACUGGGUUUGAGCAAACAGCUGCAGAUGAAGUGAGAGAGAAAUUGAAGUCAUCCUGCAGAAUCAGCAAAGACCGGGGCAAGAUAUAUUUUGAUAUUGCAGUGGAAAGUCUGGCUCAGGUUCAUUGUCUGAGAUCAGUGGAUAACUUGUUUGUGGUUGUUGAGGAGUUUAAAGAUUACCAGUUCAAAGCUACAAAGGAAGAAGUUCUAAGAGACUUUGAAGAACUGGCUGGAAAGCUCCCAUGGUCGGACCCUUUAAAAGUCUGGCAAAUUAACACCACUUUCAAGAAGAAGAAGGCAAAGCGCAGAAAGGCCAAUCAGAGUGCAGGCAGAGAGAAGGCUGACUGUGGACAGGGCGACAACGCCGGUGAGAAGGACAGUAAGAAGAAGCUUGCCAGUGGCGUGGCAGAUCCACAUAUCUUAGACUACUAUGAAAAUCCAGCCAUCAAAGAAGAGAUAUCAACCUUAAUAGGGGAUGUCUUGGCAUCUGGCAAAGAUGAAAAUGGUCAAAGCUUAAGAGAAGAAACUGAACCGCAAGUGCAGAAGUUCAGAGUCACCUGCAACAGAGCAGGAGAGAAUCAUUGCUUUACAUCCAACGAGGCUGCCAGAGAUUUUGGAGGUGCUAUUCAAGAGUACUUUAAGUGGAAGGCUGAUAUGACCAACUUUGAUGUAGAGGUUCUCCUGAACAUCCACAAUAAUGAAGUCAUUGUUGCUAUUGCACUGACAGAGGAGAGUCUCCAUCGCAGAAAUAUUACACAUUUUGGACCUACAACUCUUAGGUCAACUCUUGCCUAUGGGAUGCUCAGGCUCUGUGAACCUAAACCUACUGAUGUAAUUGUGGAUCCAAUGUGUGGAACAGGGGCAAUACCAAUAGAGGGGGCUACUGAGUGGUCUCACUGUUACCAUAUUGCUGGGGACAACAACCCACUGGCAGUGAACAGAGCAGCAAAUAACAUCUCAUCUCUAUUGACUAAGAGCCAGAUUAAAGAUGGAAAAACAUCUUGGGGUUUGCCCAUUGAUGCUGUUCAGUGGGAUAUCUGCAACCUCCCUCUGCGAACUGCUUCUGUGGAUAUUAUUGUAACAGACAUGCCAUUUGGAAAAAGGAUGGGCUCCAAAAAGAGAAAUUGGAAUCUCUAUCCAGCUUGCCUUCGGGAAAUGAGCCGUGUCUGUAGACCAAGGACAGGCAUUAUCUGGAAUGGGACAUGUGUGGCGAAAGGUCCAUACAGUCUGGGUAAACAUCGGGGGCCUUCAUGCUGCAGUUUAUCUUCUAAAACGCACUCCUCAAGACUUUGUUCAUCCUUCAGAUCAAGAUGGAGGAAAAGACCCUCCUUGGUAAAGCAAAGAAUGAAGACAAUUUAGCAGUACUUAACAGUUCCUAACACUGGAAACGUCAGCAUAAAGAACUUGCUUUGGGAGAAAAAUAACAGAAAAGUAACCAAGUAUUACAGCUUCCACUGCUGAACUACUGUAGAAUGCAUUAGUGUUAGCAAGGUGAUUGUAAUGGUAUUUCUUGAGAAGCCUACACUGCUUGGUUUCUAAGUUUCAGAACACUUUAGGCCAUAUUCUAUUGCUUGUGCAGCCUACUGUUCUUGGUCUAAAUUCUUGGUCUAAAGUUUUUUCACUUUACAUGGAUCAUCUCAAAUAUCUCAGAAACUGGAGCAUCCCUGAAGACCUACAGUUUAUCAUCUACCUUAAAAUAAAUACAUUACAACCUGAAGAGGACAAAGAUGCUCUGUGUGACUAUAGUCUUUGGGUCUGGGGGAAGUUAUGUAUUUUUAAAUGAAAAUGUAAACUGCACAGCUUACUCAGGACAAGAAAUGUUUUACCAAGGUACCACACGAGAGAGAAAAUCACCUCCCUGUUUGUGUACAAUAUGUAGGUCUGGUGCCCUCAACAGGUGGGUGUUGGAUGGACCUCCUGACUUAGAAGCCCUUUUAUUCCUGCCUAGCUCAUUGUUCUGUUGUUCUCUUGUACUGAUUCUCCCUCAGAUAGUUCUAUGGGAAAUGAAAUAGCUACAUUACUUAUCAGUUCAUUAACAGUGCCUCCUAAAGCAAUCCCUGUUUGAGCUUUACAGAAAGUCAUUUUGGAGUCUGGCUUCUUUCAGCUUAGAUUUUCAAUGUGAUGUUUCUAUUUAGAGUAAAGGACACUGACAGUACUUCUUUGAGAACAGAAUCCACAUUGGCACCAUAGUCAGUACCCAGUGGCUUUUUGGAACAACUCACUGGAGAAUGAACUGGGAUUAUGAAAGCUUUAAGGUUUUUACACUUUACAUGGACAAUUUUGUGAUUGACAAAAAUAAUUAUUGAUUGAACAUAAACUUAAAUUUCCAUCUUUGACAAAAGAAACCAUUUAAACCUCAAACCAAGGUAAUCACAGAAGCAAGAUGUACAAUGAUGGUUGUCUGUUUUCAUUAUCAUUUACCAAUUUCCUGCAAGUAAGCAUUUAAUAUUUACUGAACAAAUGAACUACUUUUUAUGCUAAGUUCUCAAGUUAAUAUACCAGGUUUGUGCUCUAAUUCACCAUAGCCCUAAUUCUAUUAAGUAUAUAAAAAAAUAGACUUAAGAUACUACAAAUACAGUGGACACUGUCAUUUCCUUCUCUUGAUUGGUAAAUUUUGCUAUGGAAACAAUAGGAAAUAAGCUACAAAUUUUUUCCUCCAGACAAGGUUUUGUCACAUAGCAUUGGCUGGCCUCUGCCAAGUGUUGGGAAUUAAAGAUAUGCAAUACCACGCCAAGUGAAAGGCUUACUUUCAAAUUGUUUGUGUGUAGGUGUGUGUACCAGCGCAGGCGCCUGUGGAGGCUAAAGCUGGAGUUAAUCGGCAGUCUAGGAGCUGCCUGGUGUGGGUGAUGGCUAUGAGUUCAAGUCCUCCACUAGAGCAGCCUGAGCUCCAUGGUCACCUUUAUUUCUUGGUUGUUUUUUGUUGUUUUUGCAUCAGGGUAAAGUUCCAUUCUUGCUCUAUCAGUUGUGAAGAUGUUAGCCACUUAAGACACCAAGUUCUUCCUACCUGCUUUCUGUUACCUACUAAAAGCAAUACAUACUUUUCUCAAGUAAAACUUCCCAGUCCAGUGUGUUCGGUAUCAGUCUUCUAGGCUCUUUAGGAGUCAUUGAGUGCUCACCAUGUACAUCUUUCUAGAGAAGUCAUUUCUCAAAAUUUGGAACCUUCUAAUCCUUACCUAUUCCUGAAAAUUUGAAACACUAGCAUCAAUCACAUUUAAGAUUUUGGGGGUGGGGGUGGUAGUCCUGUUUUCAAGACUGGGCCAGGGAUGUAGCUCAGUGAGAACACUAACCUAGGAGUUUUGAAAUUUUGAAUUUCUGGGUUAAAAGGCUCAGAUGAUGUUCAUCUUCUGUAUUCAGUUGAUAGGGAAUAGGUAUUGGUCAGCUGGAAAUCCAUGUAUCAUGGAGUUAUUUAUUAUAUACAUCUUCCAGAA